AUGACCAGCUGUACUUCACUGCAGCACCCUUCUCCUCAGGCCCAGCCCGUCCACUACCGUACCCCGUCCACUACCGUACCCCGUCCACUACCGUACCCCCCAGCCCGUCCACUACCGUACCCCCCAGCCCGUCCACUACCGUACCCCGUCCACUACCGUACCCCCCAGCCCGUCCACUACCGUACCCCCCAGCCCGUCCACUACCGUACCCCCCAGCCCGUCCACUACCGUACCCCCCAGCCCGUCCACUACCGUACCCCGUCCACUACCCCCGUCCACUACCGUACCCCCCAGCCCGUCCACUACCGUACCCCCCAGCCCGUCCACUACCGUACCCCCCAGCCCGUCCACUACCGUACCCCCCAGCCCGUCCACUACCGUACCCCGUCCUCUACCGUACCCCCCAGCCCGUCCACUACCGUACCCCCCAGCCCGUCCACUACCCCUCUCCCGGCCGCGGUCACGGCCCACAGUGCUGCCGACCAGCUCAGCCUUUCAGGGCUCCUGAAGCGAGACUACUAA